UGUUCUCUUUUUCUUUCAAGCAAAUGGCGGACGCAGCACCAGCCGGUGGAGCAGCAGCAGGCGGAGAACGAGGACGCGGUGGAUUCCGUGGUGGAUUUGGUGGCCGCGGAAGAGGUCGUGGACGUGGACGCGGAAGGGGCCGUGGCCGUGGCAGGGGAGGAAAGGAAGACAAGGAAUGGGUACCAGUCACCAAGUUGGGCCGUCUUGUGAAAGACACCAAAAUCAAGAGCUUGGAGGAUAUCUACCUCUUCUCUCUUCCUAUCAAGGAGUUCGAGAUCAUUGAUUUGUUCUUGGAAAGCAAGUUGAAGGAUGAAGUGCUCAAGAUCAUGCCUGUCCAGAAACAGACACGUGCUGGUCAGAGGACCAGGUUCAAGGCCUUUGUUGCUAUUGGAGAUCACGAUGGUCAUGUUGGCCUUGGGGUCAAGUGUUCCAAAGAGGUCGCCACUGCCAUCCGUGGUGCAAUCAUCCUUGCUAAGCUCUCCGUUGUCCCAGUCAGGCGAGGAUACUGGGGUAACAAGAUUGGUAAACCCCAUACCGUUCCAUGUAAGGUAACUGGCAAGUGUGGUAGUGUUGUGGUGCGUCUCAUCCCAGCGCCCCGUGGUACCGGUAUUGUGAGUGCUCCAGUUCCCAAGAAGCUCUUGCAGAUGGCUGGUAUUGAGGAUUGCUAUACCUGUGCCCGUGGUCAGACAGCUACUCUUGGCAACUUUGCCAAGGCUACAUACACGGCCAUUGCUGCAACUUACAGUUACUUGACCCCUGAUUUGUGGAAGGACCUCCCAUUCGUCAAGCCACCGUACCAGGAGUUCACCGACUACUUGGCCAAGAACCACACCCGGGUGGCCACUCAGAAGCAAGAAACAAAGAUCUACUAAACAUGUCUGAUAUCAUGUCAUUGUAGAAGAAAUGAGUGGAGAAAUAAACAAAAUAAAAUAAAA